CCAACAUAACAUGCGCCGCCUUCAAAGUGAACCCUGCCACUGUCUAUUUUUCUACGUAUUCGCCCCACUUGAGCCUUCAUCAUUGAUACACGUACAAAGCCAAACUACAUAUGCGCCGCCCACAACGUCUAGCUUAUGGCUGCCUCUGGCCCUCCUCCCGCAUACGGGUACCUCUAUAUCAGGCUUUAGAGAAUGCGAGCCAAAG